AUGGCCGCGAAACCUUUCAUGUCCUCGACCUGUCUACCGAAACCCUUGAGUUUCACAUCGGAUGACGAUGAUUGUACACUGUACAGCGAUGUUGACAGCAUGUACUCUGUCUCAGAUGUUUCUGCCAACUCGUCUGAGUCUUACAGCGCCAUCGACACACUGCCGACCUUCCGUCUAGCUGGGGUGGAUGGAGACAAGCCAGCUGUUUAUGAAGCCUGGAACGUCUAUCUGUCGGCGGACCUCAAGAAAAUCGUCUCUGGCGUCAAGGUCUGUGGCAUUAGCGCCUUUCAGCGAUAUCGUCAAUUCCGCGGAUCGAUCAGCACCACGUCGGAGUUAUAUGAUCAGGGAGAGCUGUCGCAGAUGCACCUCGAUACUCUGAGCGAAUACCAUGCCAAGAAUGAGCGUACCUGGGCUUCUCGCCUCAUCCGCGGACCCGCCAGAAGCUACGAGGACGACAUCGACCGCCGUAUUCGCAAACUUCCCGGACCGGUUCAAUCCGAGAUUAACCAGCUCUUGGCUGACCGGGAGAACGCCUCGAGCAAUCGUUAUCACAACCGUGCCUGGACGGUCGUGCUGAUGCAGGAACAGCUGCACUAUCGGUUUGCCGACGCCAACCCCACAGCGGUCAAGAAGCACAAGGUGCGCUUCUGGAAGAAUCCGGGCAAGGGCACUUGUCGAGACUAUUUUAUCAUCAUCCGCGGCACUGAAGGCCGACCCGUCAACGACGAGAAGGGCGUGAGAGCAUUCAAGAGGUUCGGGAAUCCGUGGAAAGAUGCUGAUAAAGCCGAGUGUCGGGAGAAAGCUCGGCAAGGCAAGAUCAAGCGGACUGUCGACCGCAUGAAACCCAACCCGCCAGGUACUCCACGGCCGUGGGGGGAGCCAUCUCCAAGAUCGCCUAGAGAGUCUCAUUUGUAUGCACCCCCGCCUCCUCGACCACAAUUCAUGGUCCCUGGCUCGUCGCACCGCCCUCCAGCCUACUCACCGGCCCCUGGAUAUUUCUGCCCACCUGCGGCUCCGACGCCUCCCGUCAGCUAUCCACCCCCUCCUGGCGCGCCGGGUGCUGGGGGUGUUCCACAUCCGACUGUAUAUCCAUACCAACACCAACAACAGCCAACAGCUUCUCGACUACCGCCUACAAGGCCUUCCGUCACAUAUUACUCGGCAGGCCUUACGCAGGACCCCCGUUUUGGUCAUCCACCAACAGGUCAUACGUUCUAUAACUAUCGGGCCCCGACAUAUUUCAACCCACGUCCCAUGUACACCCCCGAACGAUACUCGUUUCAGCCACCCCCUGUUCCAACCUUUUCGAUGACACCCGCCGUCUCACAGCCGCCGCCUACACGACCGGUACCAUUCUCGGAUGUGAGGCACACCAGCGGGUUCCAAAUCACGGACUCCCAACCACCAGCGGGCGUAGAUCACGCCGAGUGCUCCGGUAUCAGCUGUGCCAUAUGCAGGCACCGUAAUCCCACGAACCACGGCACCGACCCCGCCCGGCCCCCGUCGCUGCCUCCAGCACCGGAAUCCUGCUCAGCGCAGCCGUCGCCACCACCGCCGGGCCGCGGUGUUCCCUCGCCCUUGGGACUCUACCCAAGAUGGCAGUCUGCACCCGACCUCCGCCGGUUCUCGGGUGGAGACGCUGGGAAUCUUGUCAAUUCACCUGUGCCGGUUGAGAAAGAAGAAGUUGCGGAUAAAUAA